AUGUCGAAGUCUGGUGUGGUCAAGAACUGGAACGAUGACAAGGGCUUCGGGUUCAUAGGGCCGGACGAUGGCAGCGAGGACUUGUUCUGCCACAACUCUUGCCUCCGGGGCUGCAAGGGGCUCGGAAAGGGAGACAAGGUGGUCUUCGACUCUGAAUACGAUGACCGGAAGGGCAAAAUGCGUGCCGUGAAUGUGUCCUUGGAGGGCGGCGGUGGCGGUGGCGGUGGUGGAGAUCGUGGGCGUGACCGGGACCGUGGGGGCUAUGACCGCCGCGAUGAUCGGCGAAAUGAUCGUCGGGACGACCGGCGAGAUGAUCGGUAUGGAGGGGGCCGUGACCGCGACCGUGACUACGGACGAGAUGAUCGCGGCAAGGGCAAGGGUGGUGGAAAGGGUGACAGGUUUGGAGGAGACACCCGCGGAGACGACAUCAGCAAUGGCGGCAACCGCCACCUAACCGCCAGGGAACUGUACAUGAGGCACCAACAGGAGCGCGGAAGCCGGCGAUCGCCUUCCUCUUCCCGCUCGCGGUCUAGGGGGAGGGAUCGCCGAGCCAACUUCGCUUGA